UAUGCGUCACAUUCCUGGUUGGGGAAAGAUCACGUGACUGACAUUAGUCCUAGUUUUCUUUGGUGUCUGACACUUUCAGUCUGAGCUUUGGUUUUUAGCAGGACCUGAUCCGGAACACAGAAGACAGCACGUUCCGCCGUCUAAUCAGCUAAGUAACACACAGUAGUCACCAGAAAAAGUUAAACAACAAUAAUGUAUUUUUUUAAGGAGUUCGCCAUUUGAAAACAAUCUUACGGGUUCAUUUCAUAAUUAUCGGCUUUUAAAUUUGUUCAGCUUGAAGAACUGAGAUUAUAUGAAGUCAACUUUUUUCCCCCUCUUCUUCUGUAGCAGUUAGAGAGCUGAGUGAGGGAGUGUGAGCGCUGCCUGACAUUUCAUUCGAUCCGCUCCCCUCGGCGGGGGUCGGCACGUUUGCAUCCUUUUGUGAAUUCAAUUCGAGAAUGCCGACAGCUCUCUUUGUCCCCCGGGAGUAGUUGCCCAGUCCGCCUGCAAAUGACCAAGGAGAGGAGCCGACGCGAAAGGGGGUCAGAAAUGGUUCAAGACAAGCUCUCUGUCCACGAGAAACGCGGGAAUGUAGCGACGGUGAACUGAGAGACAGAAAGUUCAAACAAUACCGAAGAUGGUGACUGGGCAGCUCGAUUCUGGUGAAAAGAGAUCAUUGGUAACAAAGGAUUGCGUUCGGUGAACGGAUUCCCGCUCCUGCUGCUGCCAGUUAUAACAGGAUUUUGUAAUCUUCCCGUGUUCAGGGUUGGGACAUCUAUUUCAAGAUCAAGUUGGCCCCUCGCUUCCUGUGAUAUACAAUCCUGCUUCAGCCAAAAAACUCAAAUUUAUUGCAGUUUUCCUUUCCAGUGUUCUGUUCAAAGUCUAAUGAAGAAGACAGUGCAAUGAUAGCUACAGGGGGUGUAAUAACGGGGCUGGCAGCUCUGAAGAGACAGGACUCUGCCAGAUCGCAGCAUCCUCACCUUCCUCCUGCGUCUUCUGCGCCAGAGAAGAGGAGAGUCAAACGCAAGCCCAAAGCUGAUGUUGUUGUCGUCAGAGGCAAAAUUAGACUCUAUUCCCCAUCAGGGUUUUUCCUUUUCCUUGGAAUUUUAAUUUUGAUGGUUGGGAUCGCAAUGGCUGUUCUUGGUUAUUGGCCACAGGAGGUAGAUAAGAAACAUCCUGUGACUUCCAAAUCUGGAGUGCUCAGUAAUGGGUCUCAUGUAAUAUCAGACCAUGCCGGAGUAUUAGUGGAAUUUUUUGAGCAGCACUUACACUCCGACAAAAUGAAAAUGAUUGGCCCUUUCACCAUGGGGAUAGGAAUUUUCAUAUUUAUUUGUGCUAAUGCCAUACUGCAUGAAAAUAGGGACAAAGAAACAAAAGUGAUACACAUGCAAGAUAUUUAUUCUACUGUCAUUGAUAUCCAUAGCCAAAGAAUUAAAGAGCAAAGACAUAUGAAUGGGGCUUGGAUUGGCCACGCUGGGGAUCCCGAUAUUAAAUGUUAUGACAACCAAUGUACUGCUAAAUUGGCUGCAAAUGUAUUGCUCUCAUUGUCUGGAUCAUCUAACGAAAGAAUUGUUGCAAUGAAAUGGAACUCUUGUGAUGAAGAAGAUGGACCACCCAAGGAAUUUACUACACUUUUACAUCCCAAAACCCCAUCAGCAUCAAGCUCCAUGUAUCGGCUACAGCCUGAAACCCAGAGAGAGAAAAAUAGCAAUUCUAAGAAGUGUGAGACCAAAUCUAUUGUUUCGUCGUCUAUCAAUGCGUUCACACUCCCUGUUAUUAAACUCAACAACUGUGUAAUCGAUGAACCUGAACUUGACAAUAUCACAGAGGAUUCUGAGCUGAGUAAAGGAAGGGUGAAACACUCCUCCAUGGCUUCCUUAACGGUACCGUCAACUGAUACCAGUGACUCUUACAAACCACCUAAUCCACGCCUGUUAAGAAGCAACACCACUGCAACAGGUGGAAACCCACCCAAUUCACCUUCUGAGACAUCCACGGGGAUAUUUCUAUCACCAGGCAUUCCCAAGAAAGAGUUUGGAUCAAACACUUCCCUCCACAUGCUGUCCUGUCACUCCAAGUCCUUGGACUUGGACAGAGGCCCCUUAACACUCACAGUUCAGACCGAGCAAAGAAAGCAUCCAAGCUGGCCGAGGCUCGACCGUAGUAACAGCAAAGGUUAUGUGAAACUGGAAAAUAAAGAGGAUCCUAUGGACACAGUACCUGUGCCACAGACCUCUGCAAAGGGUGGUUAUACAAAUAAAGAGAAAUUACUAAUGAUCUCAAGAUCUCAUAAUAAUCUAAGUUUUGAAAACAAUGAAUUUUUAGAUAACAAGUUAAGACAUGGAGCUUCGGAAACAAGGUUUUGAAGGAGUAUCGAUUUCUACCAAGUGUUUAUAUUUUAAGCUAAUUUAAGAAACGUAUUUGCAAGAAGUGCAUGUCUAUUUUAAAGAGAGCUUAUUUUCAGUACAAAUAAGGAAUAUUUGUAGAUGGUGAUCUGAACUGGCACCCUAAGUUCAAUUUUUUUCCCAUGUUGGUCAGGAGCAUUGUUGACAUAUUUUAUGCUGUGUUUGUUAGUUCUGCAUAAACCAACUGCUCAGGUAUUGAUGGAGUACAAGUCUUAGUCCAGUCUUACAAUAACACAGAACAAGUUUUACCUUCAGUUUAUCCUCCAUCCAUGAGGGAUAGGCAAAACUUAUCUUUGAAGUUCAAGUGGUGUUAAAUCUACGAUAAGUAUUAUUCUAAUGAAGGUGUAUGAACAUUGAUUGAAUGAUAAAUUGGGAUGCAGGCAUUUGUAUUUCCAGUACAGAAUUUGAGCCUGUACAUUUCAUGGCAAUUACCAAUAUUUUGCUAUAACCCCAUAUUAAUGCCUGCAACAUACAUUUUGUUAUUUUUGAAAUAAAAAUAAAAUGUGUAUAGCAUACGAAUUUUUUGUGUUUCUAUUUUAUCAAUCAUUGAUCACAUGGACAUGGUGGUAACAAUUUCCGCAGUAAAAUCACCAGCAAGAACGGAACCGGCCAAGAAUGGAAAGUUA